GAUUGAUUCCUGCCCUCUCUUUCCCUGCUGCUUGCAAGAAAGGGUCCCCAGCUGAGGAUGUAGACAAGUUUUAAAGCUGUGGAGCAGGAGCUGCAGCCUCCCAUUCACCAGGGCUCCAAAAAUCACAUGAAAACAGCACCCAAAAUGAUCUCCAAGAAGCAAUGACCUGUUAAUCUUGUAAACCGAACCAAGUAACAUGCGGUACCCAACAUGCAAGUGAUUGCAGAUGGAAACAAAUUACACAUCAGGGAUGCCAAUGCUGAUAACAGUAUCAUCCUCCAUCCAGCCUGCUCCCAUUCACCACCACCUUUCUCCCCCUCCCACCUUACCAAAGCCCAGUAAGGACAACCUGCAGCUCCAGAGGCUGCUGAAGAAGGCAGCCAAGAAGAACGCUAUCCGAGCUUCAGAGCAAGCCAAGUCCUUUCGGUCCAGCCUCUCGCCCGUGAAUGAGGCCAGCUCUGACCUAGAGCACAAUGAGAGCGCUCCCCCAGCAGAGACCCUCAAAACCAUCAUGCCUGCCUCCACCAGCCUCCCAGCCCGACUCUCCAUCAAGCCCACCAUUCACCGCAUCCCCUCCCCUUUCCGAAAGAGCAAGCCUUUCACGCUGAAGGUCACUGAGCAGAGGCGCAUUGCCGAACACCUCAUUCUCACAAACUCGCCAGCCAUGCCCCUGCUACACAAGCCAGAAGCUCCUGAGACUCCACAACAGCCUGAGGGCACAAAUACCCACCUCCCCUCUCUACAUGACCCUCAGAUAUCUAUUUUCCCCCAGCCUCCUCCUACCAGUACACCCAGUAAAGAAAGGGCACCAGAGGUUACCUACAUCACCAAGGUGCACACUUAUUUCCACAGUGUCAAGCCACCCAGAGCUAAGACAGCCACAUCAAAUCCGACCCAAGGAACCACCAGCCAUGAAGACAAAAGGCCUUCUUCACCAGCACCUGAAGCAAGUUGCUCUCAACCAUACCCAGGGCAGAUACCCACCCUGCUCAAUGACAGCAAGGCCACGUCUACUGCACUGGAGCAUCCCCUCCUUUCUGCUGCAGAGGCAGAGCCACCUAAGCAAGCUCCUAGGCCUGCUCUUACUGAAGAUUCCAUCAAGACCCCUUCACCCAAGCCCAGCAUUGCCAGUGGUCACACUGAUAAGCCUAUGACCCAUGGAAGUGACACUGAAAUAUCUGGAUCAGAGACAGCACCCAAAUUACCCAAGCAAGACCAGGACAUCCAAAAACUAUCCACACCCAGUGCUCCCUGCAUGCAAGCACACCCAGCAACAGAAACCCCAGAACAAGCUGACAGUACCAGUGCCACCUCCACAGACACCAAAGCAGAACAUGUCAUUCAACCUCAGUUGACCCCCAGCUUGCCAAACACCAGCCCUCCCCUCAAAGAUGAGCCAACACUAUCACCAAUAGAAGAAGCAAGGCCUCCUGGAGCUACUGCCAGUGGCUGGCAUCGCCUCAGGAAGCACUUAAUGGUGCAGCCAGAAGCACCCAGCUUCCCAGAGUCUGAGCCAGAAAAGUUGGGACAGGAGGAAGGGAGCAAGGAGAAGGAGGAGAACAGCUCUCAAGCAAUCACACAAGACUGCAGGCUGUUUAAAUCGAAGGCCACAAGAAUGUGGGAUGCUAUUUUAUACCAGAUGACAGUCAACAAGGAGAGGAAACAGCAAGCAGAAGAGAAGAAGCUGCGAAAGGAGGAAAGCUUAUUUCUUCCCCGCCGUUUACCCAUCCUUCUACACAAGCCACGUUUUGAUGCCCGAAAACUGAGGGAACUGGCUACCAAACCCAUGACAAAGAUCACCACCGCUUUUGAGGUGAGCCGGUUUAGACCCAAAGCGGUUGAGGAGCACAUCGAGAUCUUUAACAGAACAGCAUCAGGAUGGUCAGCCAACUGAAGCCAGGCUGCUUCAACAGGCCCACAUCUCUGGAGGUUCUUACACGGCACCAAGCAAGAGAACACCUAUGACUAAGGUUUACAGCCCAGAGCCAAGCAUCAGGAAAAAAUAAAAUUAAAUAAAAUCC